CUGUCAAUGUAGUACGCGUGUAACUUGUAAUAAAUUAAAAAACUCAAUUAUCAUUGAGGUACAUGUUCGUACAUACGUAUGUACAUACAUACGUACUAAUCGCACGUUAACAGUGGGAAUUCAUAACAUUAUAGAGUCUUGCGUGUAAUGGACAAAAAUAGCCGACAAAAAAGUUCCGAAAAACGCUUUGAUAUGGACGACGAUUCAGAUUACGUUAUGAUCAAAAGAAUAAAGAUGGAACCAGAAGCAAUUCUGUCUCAAGAAGAUGACAUAAUGGCUCAGCUUCAACAAGAUAGUUCCGAUCUAGAAGUGGAGCCAAGUUUUGCAUUAGAUGGGGUCUCAAACGGGGAAGAUGCAAAUGAAGGAGUAUUAAUGCAGCAUAUGGACAUACGAGAGCCAUUAUCGACGCUAAGAAAUUUACUGGAGCAAAGACUCGGCGUCGAAUUGACAGACUAUUCUUUUUGGCUCCAAGACGCACAAAUGCUUGAGAGUCACAAAAAUUUGGUUGAUCAAUGCGUUCAAGGAGAAGGAUUAGUGCAAGUCAAUGUUCAAAUAAAAGCGAACCAGAGACGCAUAAACAUAGUUGAUGUCUUGAAACCUGCGGAAGACUACAUUGAAUUGGCUGAAAAUACAUCAGAACAAAACUCAGCAGCUGCAACACCCAGCGAAGAAGGGAAGCAAAAUGUCAUCCGAUGGAUGGUUGAUGCACAGUAUAAAAAGGAACAGGAACGUCUGAAAAUACCAGCUGAUCCAAAGGACUGGUCACAAGCGCACGUAAAACAUUGGCUCCAAUGGGCGGUCAGACAGUUUAAUUUAGUUUCUCUGCGGCUCGCUGAUUGGAACAUCACCGGUACUCAACUCUGCAAUUUAACCCUGGACGAGUUUCAGGGCAAAGUUCCGCUCGACCCUGGUGAUGUUUUUUGGACACAUUUGGAGCUGCUCAGAAAAUGCAAAUUUGUCGCUGUCGUUCAGAAAGACGCGCCCAAUUCGUCGAGUGAUAAUUCAGAUGACGCGAGGUCUGCGAAGGUGAGGAGUCAAAAGGUCCCCAAACCUCGAACUGUGAAUCAGCAAGUGCGCCCGUUAGUCAGCGACCCUUUAGCGAUCAUUGAUUCGCCUCCGAUAACAAUCGCGACGUCAAAUCGGACAGGAAGUAACGGUCAAAUUCAGCUGUGGCAAUUCUUGUUGGAACUACUGACUGAUCGGGAGCACCGAGGGGCGAUUCAAUGGUUAGGAACGGAAGGUGAAUUCAAACUGAACCAGCCCGAGGCGGUCGCUCAACUUUGGGGAGCCCGUAAAAAUAAGCCGUCAAUGAAUUACGAAAAACUAAGCAGAGCGCUCCGAUAUUAUUACGACGGAGACAUGAUAUCAAAAGUCCACGGAAAAAGAUUCGUCUACAAAUUUGUUUGUGAUCUGAAACAGCUGCUAGGGUACUCCGCGGCCGAACUCAGUCGGCUCGUCGAAGAAGGAAGAAGAUACUUUUAAGCAGAAGUACUUUUCCGUAAUCUUUUUAACACAUGCACGUUAUUAGAAUCGAAAAUCUUCCCAAAAAAAAAAAAAAAAAAAAACUAUAAAUAUGGUAACAUUUCGGGAUCGGUCUUCGUGUAAAUUAAAAUCACUAACCGAAACGAGUGGCUAUGAGACUAGAGAUUUGUUCGAUACAUGUCUUUGAAAUAAGCUUUAUUUUCUAUAAGAGUCAAGAUUUAAAAAAAUAAUAUUACAUUAUACAGUUUUUCUGGGACCUAUAAGAAUUUUAAAAUCGUGCCUAUGUUAGAGAUUAUUUGUUGAUACUAAUUGUUUAAUUUUAGUAAAUAAAACGAAUGGUUAUAUAAUAAUAAUUUUUAGAUUAUACUACAUCGUUAAGGUUUGACAACAUGGAAACUCUGUAUUUUUUUAUAUCGACGGGAUGUAGAUAUGUAUAAACAAAAUUCUACCAAAUAUUGCAAGAAUGACUAAUCCCAAUUAUUUUUAAUAAUAUAUGUAAAAUAUAGUGAUACGCAUACAAGAGAUUGUAUACAGCCAAAACGCUAAAAAUAAUAAUAAAAAAAUCAAAAUGAA